AUGGUUGAUGUACCCGAGUUGCGUGUGGAGAAUCGGCGCGUUAGUGAUCCAGCGAAUGCACAUCGUCGAGCCAGUCCAGCCAAUCAGUCCCAGCCAAAGCCAAAGCCAAAGCCGCAGCAGCAGAAGCAGCAUCUUUCUCCCUCCAGUUCCCAUCCUCUUCCUCCUCCUCAAGUUACACAGAAACCCAAACAAAAAACAGUAGAGCAGCGCCUGAAUCUUCGUCUCAGACAGGAACUGCCUUGUUAUGUCGGCACGAAAUGGCCAAUAGCACAGCCUCAUAUCCUCCGAGAUAUUCUUACCUCAGAGGAUAUCCAAUCCUUAUUGAGAGAGUACCAGUCCAAGGGUAGGCUCUCAAAAAGCGAAGAUGUCGAAUCACUGUGCAGAAAAGUGCGUGGGCACAGACACCCGAGCUGCAUAGUGGUACUGGCCAUGCUGAUCCUCGUCGACAAAGGCUACACCAUUGGCGAAGUGCUGCGCGACCAGAUCUUUGACGAUAAUCUACCGUUGGUAGUCGUUAAUCAUGCCGAUCCUGUGAUCUUCUCUUGGGAUCAAUCCAGAAAAGACUGGAGACAAUUGGUGUGCUUUGAGGACGAUGAUACGUGGGGGGUGCAAGCCAAGCUCGACAUCUGCAAGUGGCAGUGGUAUCUCAGAGUACCCCGCAUGAAAGUUUCCGGACCAAGCUUUGAAGCAUAUGAAGGCAAAUUUGGACCCGACACUGUGUUGCCGUGGAGCUCAAAGAGCAAAGAUGGCGAGGUAAUGAAACACGAUAGAACCACAGGGUACGGGGGAUACAGUGCAGUCUACAAGUGCCACAUAGACGAGAGGUUUCAUGGUUUUCAUGAGGUCCUGAAAAAGAUUGGUCUGGGUGAUGGGAGAGGCUUCUUCGCUCUGAAGGUCCUCAACACAUACACCGCAGACGAGAAGGCCCAAAUCUCGAAUUUAUUUCAGAAUGAAAGGCGGCAACUGAGUCGGUUCAAUGGCGUUGUCCACAACCAUCUUGUGACUCUACUGGCAGCAUUUGAGCAGGAAAACACAGAGAAGAACUUCUUUGUCUUCCCCUGGGCCGAAUGCGAUCUCUCCGCCUUCUGGGAGAAGCAGAAACCUAAACCUGGAGACGCCAAAUGGAUUGCCGAACAGCUCAAAGGCCUCGUGAGUGCACUGAACGAGAUACACAAUCCGGCACAAAACUCUCAAAACCUGGGGACACAGGUGUUUGGUCGUCAUGGCGACCUAAAACCAGACAACAUUCUCUGGUACACACCAUACAAAGGCGAUCCGAAAGGAAUCUUGGUGGUAUCUGACAUGGGCUUCACGGCGGUGAACAGCGAGUUGAGCCGCUCCAAGCAGACCAACGGAAAGCCUCGUACACCGACAUACAGACCCCCGGAGCUAGACAUACAGGGGGCAAAAGUUACCCGCGAGUACGAUGUAUGGUCGCUAGGAUGUAUCUUCCUUGAAAUGAUGACAUGGAUCCUGGGGGGGCAGAGAUUCAACAGUGAGUUUAAAAAAAGCCGAAUGACCCCAGAGAACGGAGUGAACACCUCCAUCUUUUUCACCAUGGUCGGAGGCCAGCCCAUCGUAAAAAAAGAGGUUGUUCAGUGGAUUGAUACACUUCGAUCGCACAAGAGAAGCACAGAGUUCAUCCAUGCUGUUCUUCGCAUCGUUCAGGACAAGAUGAUCAUUCCCCGUGCUGACAGGAGGUCGAGGGUGCGUGAUCUCAAGACUGAGUUCGAUAGAAUCAACGCAAAGUGUAAAGAAAAGGCCUCUUACUACACGGAUCCAUAUAAGGCUUCACCCAAAGCGAAGUCAUCCUAG